AUGUGUUCUAGGUUGGAGGGUAAGGUGGCUCUUAUCACCGGGGCAGCAAGUGGUAUUGGAGAAGAGACAGUGAGAUUGUUCGCGGAACAUGGAGCAGUUAUUGUUGCAGCAGAUAUUCAAGAUGAGCAAGGUCAACGACUUGCUGCUUCAAUAGGUUCAGAUAGAGUGACUUAUCACCAUUGCGAUGUGAGAGAUGAAAACCAAGUUGAAGAAACCGUCAAUUUCACUUUGGAAAAACAUGGUCGCAUGGAUAUUUUGUUCAGUAACGCAGGAAUAAUAGGUUCUCUAUCUGGGAUCCUUGACCUUGAUCUGAAUGAGUUUGACAACACCAUGGCCACAAAUGUUCGCGGUGUAGCCGCCACAAUUAAACACUCAGCACGUGCCAUGGUUGCCAAAAGCAUCCGUGGAUCCAUCAUAUGCACCACCAGUGUGGCUGCCACAGUUGGUGGAACGGGUCCUCAUGCUUAUACCACAUCAAAACAUGCUCUUAUGGGGUUGAUGAAAUCAGCUUGUAGUGAACUUGGAGCAUAUGGAAUAAGAGUUAACAGCAUAUCCCCUUUUGGAGUAGCCACACCUCUUGCAUGCAAGGCUUUCAACUUUGAACCUGAGCAAGUUGAAGCUAAUAGCUGCUCACAGGCUAAUCUCAAGGGUGUGGUAUUGAAGGCUAAACAUGUAGCAGAAGCAGCCUUGUUUCUUGCUUCUGAUGAAGCAAUUUACAUCAGUGGUCACAACUUGGCGGUGGAUGGUGGCUUCUCUGUGGUUAAUAGAAGUUAUACUUUCACACCUGUUAACAUGUAG